AUGAUUGUCCUCAGACAGCUGUCCCUGGAAGCAAAGGCUGCCAUGGCGGCAGCUGGAGUCUUCUUCUCCAUGAUGGUCUCCCGGACCUACCUGUCAGGGAACCUGGAGAUUGGGGUGCGGCGCUUGCUGUUCAGGCUACAGCUUGCCCUCUUUGCCAACUCGCUCAUGCUGAUUGGUUCCUUGUAUAUCUGGAGGAGCACGGUCACCCCCCUGUACCGCUCCCCUGUUGUUGAGCGGGGCUGGUUCUGGCCCUGGAAGGUGGCCAUCUUGACCUUCCUGGGCUUGGCCCACUCUAGCUUUUUCACCACGCUCUUUCUUGUGGCAGAGGAACCCUACCUGUUCUCCAUGGCUGCCUACUCCAGCCUUGGGGCUUACAUCAUUAUGAUCUUCUUCCUUUUCAUCCUGGGCUGCAUGGAGCAGGGUUACCAGCUCUUGGCUUGGAGGAGCGGGAAGGUCAGCGGAAGCCUUGACAAGACCAGGAAGACGGUCCUGAAGCCCAUCCUGGCCGUGGUGGUGACAGCUGUGCUGAGUGUGCUUGGGCUGCUCAACGCUGCCCAGCCUCCGGCGGUGAAGACCAUCGAGGUACCCCUUCACCAGCUGCCUCCGUCCAUGAACAGCCUGAAGGUCGUGCUCCUCUCGGACAUCCACCUGGGCCCCACGGUGGGCAGGACCAAGAUGGAGACGUUUGUACGGAUGGUGGAGGCCCUGGAGCCAGACAUCACCGUGAUUGUGGGUGACCUCUCCGACUCGGAGGCCUCCUCCCUCAGGACGGCCGUGGAGCCCCUCGGAAGGCUGUAUUCUCGCCUUGGCACCUACUUUGUCACAGGGAACCAUGAAUACUACACGUCCGAUGUCAACAACUGGUUUGAGCUCCUGAAGUCCCUGAAAGUCCAGCCCCUCCAUAACGAGAACGUGAAGAUCACUGCCUCUGGGACCACCUCGGGGAAGAGCGGAGACAACUGGAUCUGCUUGGCUGGGGUGGACGACAUCGAGGCAGAUAUCUUGCAUUACUCUGGCCACGGCAUGGACCUGAGCAAAGCCUUGAGUGACUGUACCCCUGAGCAUGCCACCAUCUUGUUGGCUCACCAGCCCUUGGCUGCCAAGUGGGCCCUUCAGGCCAGGCCAGACAUCAACUUGAUCCUUUCUGGCCAUACCCACGGUGGGCAGAUCUUCCCGCUGAAUGUGGGCGCUUACUUGUUGAAUCCCUUCUUUGCUGGACUUUACAAAGUGGGACAGAGUACCUUUGUCUAUGUCAGUCCCGGGACAGCCUAUUAUGGGAUUCCAAUGAGACUGGGGAGCCGGGCAGAAAUUACAGAGAUCAUCCUUCGCUCUCCCUGAACAUACAGCCUUGUCCUCGGCUUCU